GUUCUGCAGAAAUUAAGCACACCUUGGUGUAUGUGGUGACGAUAUCACUCACUGGACAUCUAAAGGUCACUGCGCUUACAAUGGACAACGGCACCGAUGCCUGCGGAUUUCCUCUAGGCAAUUCCAGCGUGGAAAGCGCGUCCGCUAAGCACCUACGGCUCUGUGAAUCAUUGAUGGACACCACCACAGCAUACAGUUUUAUCGCGAUGUUUCCAGUUGGGAUUCUGGGUAACGGCAUCGCAAUUGUAGUCCUACUUGCCAGAUCGUACAAUAAAUGCCAGUCAGGCAACGACAUUAAAAAGACCGCAUGCGGAAUUCCCGUGAACGGUUGGAAUGGCUUUGUCCUAACGUAUCUACCUCUUCGGGUUUUUUAUUUGUGCAACCGCUUUUUCCUGCUUUGGACAUCUCACCGCCUGGCGGCGGUUGUAGGCUGCUUUAGUGAAUCAUUGCGCCUAGCACAAUACCGGACGGUCCUCAUAUUUAUUGACGGUUUUCUACAGGACGUAUGUCAAGGGUUACUGGCUGCGUACGCUCUUAACCGUUAUCUUGCUGUUGGUCAUCCAGCACUUUAUCUGAAAUGGCAAAAGCGCUCAGCGCCACGCAGAUAUUUUGUCGCAGGAUUCAUUUGUUUCGUCUUGUUUAUUGGUAGCGCAGGGAGUGUUGUCCUGGUUCGACGGUUUCGAUCAGCCUUUGGAGCGACACAGCAUGUUAUACAUAUCUGGAGCCAACUGUAUAGCUGGAUCCAGAGUUGCCACCAGUUGACCUGUGCUACCACAGUUACUUCUUGUUGCAUUUUCACGUGGCGCCGCCUUGAACUCCGUCAACAGCAAUUUCCUCGUCCCAGUACGGCCGUAUUACGCGUCGCGCCGCAACCCUGCCGGCGUGCGCAGAACCAUGUCGUAUCGGAAAUAAUCCUUAUUAUUAGCACGUUUUUCUAUUGGCUGGGGAAUGGUAUAGAUCUCGCGUGGUCGUUCGCCUACAUCGGUAGCAGCUCGUUGUGCUUGUGGCGUUAUCCCUACACGCUGAUGCUGAAAUGCCAGCCAAUCACCGAUCUGCUUCGUCACAUCGACGUGGCGUCCUCUUUUAUGAUUUACGGUAGCACGUGGAUCAUUCCUUGGUUGUGUCCGCCAAAAGAACCAGCUCUCGAAAACCUAGAGCUGCGAAACAUUGUGCCCACAACUAUGUCGACAGCACGCAUCCAGCCGAGUAGCAAGCUGCACGACCAGGAUGAACCGAUGGGUUAAUACACAGCGACGACAACCAUACCACACAUUCUAGCGAAACAGGAAAAUGGCGGACGUAAUACGUCACGGGUGGCAUUGAUUGUGGCACUAUAAAAUUUUCCAGCUUUCAGUAGUAAGAAUUUUGGCUUUUUAUUUCAGUAAUUUUUUUGAGGUGAAGUGUGAUACAUUGUACAGACACGUUCAGCACCGUGCAAAAAUGUUUACUUAUUGAAGCAAGUGGCAUUUUAAAGCUUCGAAAUUUAUUAACAGGCUUUAUUCGUCUUUGCUCCACGCGAACUUCUU